UGCUUUCUUCUUGUUUGACGCAAUGUUUCAAGUUUUGUGCUCAUCAGACAGAAACUGGAAAAAUAGAGCUCCAACGGGUUUCUCAAAUUAAAACUAGUUUAGUAAGUAGGUAAUUUUUUUGUAAAACAUUUCUCGUGUGCACGUACUGUAUCCCUGUUGCCUCAAGUUGUCUGUUCCAAUUUGAUAACCAUUUUUGUGAAAACGAAAAACUUGACAUAAGUUAAUCGACAUGUCGAAAGCCACCUUUUUGUAUUUUGCAUACGGGAGUAAUCUCUGGAGCAAGAGAAUUCAUGAGAACAAUCGGACUGCCCUAAUGAAGGCAAUAGGGCUGCUAAAGGACUACAAGUUGGAAUUUGGUCAUAUGAGUCAGCGAUGGAAGGGUGCAUCUGCCAAUAUUUUGCCCCAACCAGGAUCUAACGUUUACGGUAUCUUGUGGGAAAUCUGUUCGAGUGACCUACCCAAUCUUGAUAAUCAGGAAGGCGUUGCUGACAACAUUUACGAGCGUGUAGAGUUGACGGUGGAGACCUUGGAUGGACAACACGUUCCCUGCAUGGCGUAUAAACUUAGAAAGGACACUCGAGAGCAGUCCACCGUAGAACAUGGGGAUAAACUACUCCCAUCUCUUCGCUACAAAAAUGUAAUUAUUCAAGGAGCAAAAGAACAUAAUUUGCCAGAAGAGUAUAUUACGUACUUGGAAAACAUUCCAGAUAACGGAUACAAUGGUGUUGUCGAUGUUAAUAUACCGCUUAAUUUGUAAUCUGCGCUACAGGCAAUGUAAAAGAGCUAAAGACGCACAAGUGAUCAGAAUAAAUAUUUGUUUGUCUUUUACACAUGCAUA